AUGGCUUCGAAUAGCCAUGACCGCCACGAAGACAGCUUCUCCCUCGAUCACUCAAUUCCCUUACAAGACCUCUCCGGCCCGCCAGACAUCUACGGACAAGGUUAUGGAGGGAACCGUCGUCCGGGGCGGUCGCUGACUCGAAGAAGCCGAUCGGAGACUUAUGAGAGAAUCGCGGAGGAUUCCCCGGUUGACAGCACGCCCGCUGCAGGACAUGCGCACUCCCGCCGUCAAGCUUCGGAUGCCGAUGAUGCAUUUCCCGGCGAUCCAGGGGCCUUCGCUGCUGCAAUUUCGUCGGUCGGCCUCAGUUUCAAUGGGCCACCGGAUCAUCCAGCGAUGCGCAGUCGCGAUGACCUCGAUACCGUGCCUUUGGAGAGUUUUGGGCUGCAGGAGCCUGCGAACCUCACCCCCAGUGUUUCGCAAGUUUCGUUCAGCGACACCGCACCAUUGACGAAUAUCAACAACAUUCAACCCAUAAGCGGAGCAUCUCCCGAUCGCAGUGAACAGAAUGACCGGCGCGGCGCGCAAACGGUCCAUUUCCCCGAGAGCCAGCCGGGAUCGCGCUUGGGUGACGAUCUGCAUAAUAUGGAGACCGGAUUCAAUGGAAGGCGUCGCGGCGGAAGCAAUGCUUCAGACAGAGGCCGCUCGCUGUCACCCUCAGCUUCGGGUUCUGCUCUGCAGCGCGCUAGCUCGAUGAUGAAGUCCAUGUCUCAGCGUGUUGUCAACCUCAGUAACGAACCGGAAGUGGUUGAACAGUCGAUUCUGAGGGAAGAAUCCCACAAGAGUUCCCGCCUAGAAGAGCCGCCAUCACUCCCUUCUCUGCCAGAUUAUGCUCAUGAUGGGCCAUCAACCCCGCCAGUGGGUGGUGGGGUCUUUAGGGAGAAGUCGGCGUCAAACAAAGUGUGGAGAUACCUCAAUAAUCCGUUGAAGGGAAAGUCGCUUGGGCUCCUAGGCCCCGAAAAUGCCCUUCGCGUGUGGCUCUGUGAUGUCCUGGUCCAUCCAUUCACCGAGCCAUUCAUCCUGGUAGUGAUUGUAAUUCAAACGAUCCUACUGACAAUUGAAUCGGCAAUGUCAGGCUGGCACAAGGCUGGAAACUGGGGCACAAGUGUCAUGGAUUACCCUUACUUUGCUAUAUUCGUUAUCUAUACCCUUGAACUGAUUGCCAAGGUUUUAGUGUCAGGUCUUAUCCUCAAUCCCGCUGAGUAUAGUACUAUAGAUAGGUCGUUAGGGUUUAGAAAGGCAAUAGCAGAGAAAGGGAAGACUAUCAUUGCACCGCAUCGGCAACCCUCAACGAUAAAGAGAGCCCCAGUUCUCGCGGACCAGCCUCAAGCCUCGAUUAUACGCACUUUCACUGGCGGAUUGAAUCAGCUCGAGCAGGCAGUGACAGAUGACCCCCUCCAGAAAAGCCGGGUGAGGCUUGCCCAUCGAGCUUUCCUACGGCAUUCAUUCAAUCGUCUCGACUUUGUGGCGGUUGUUGCUUUCUGGAUAGCCUUUUGUCUGUCUAUAUUCGGCGUUGAGAGCCGCCAGCAGCUCUUCGUUUUCCGUAUGCUUAGCUGCUUGCGUCUUUUGCGUCUCCUUGCCCUGACAAAUGGCACAUCUAUCAUCCUUCGAAGUCUUAAGAAGGCAGCCCCUCUGUUUGUCCAUGUAGCCUUUCUUGUGGGUUUCUUCUGGCUUCUCUUUGCCAUCGUCGGGAUCCAGAGCUUCAAAUCAAGUUAUCGGCGAACUUGUGUCUGGCGUGGUGUUAACGGCGAAGAGGACUUUCCGCUAAAUGACCCAUCUGGUACUUUCCAGUUAUGUGGUGGAUACAUCGAUUCUAUCACCGGAAAAAAGAAGGGAUGGAUGCAGAAGGAUGGUACCGAGAACCCAGAUACUCCAAAAGGCUACAUUUGUCCGAAAGGUUCUGAGUGUGUUGAAGGGGAUAAUCCUUACGGUGGGACUAAGAGCUUCGAUAACAUCCUAUACUCGCUGGAGCUUGUGUUCGUGAUCAUGAGCUCGAAUACAUUUACAGAUACUCUAUACCACAUGACUGACAGUGAUUAUCUCGUGGCUGCUCUUUUCUUCGCCUUUGGCUUUGUCAUUCUGAGUCUAUGGAUGGUGAACUUGCUGAUUGCGGUUAUCACCCACUCUUUCCAGGUUAUUCGAGAAGAAAGUAAACGGAGUGCAUUUGCUAUGGAGAAGAUCGACACAGUUGAACGGGGGGACCAGUCGUCUCCGAAGCUAAGCACUCUCAAGCGCUUGUAUGACAAAACAGAAUACUUCUGGAUUGCUGUGGUUCUUUUCGGUCUCAUAGUGCAGGCGUUGCGGAGCUCGUCCAUGUCGAAAAGUCGAGAGAAUUUUAUCAACACUACGGAAACCGUGGUCACGUUCGUUUUUCUUGUUGAAAUAAUCUUGCGCUUCGCAUCCGACUGGCGCAAAUUCCACAAGAAACGUCGCAAUUGGGUGGACCUGGGACUGGCUGUCAUCACCUGUAUAAUCCAAGUCCCCGCCAUCAGAAACUCCGGGAGGGCGUACUCGGUCCUUACGCUCUUCCAAAUCCUUCGGGUGUACCGCGUGGUGCUGGCCUUUUCUGUCACCAGGAAUAUGAUCCAGCUUGUCUUCCGCAACGCCAAAGGUUUACUGAAUCUUAUUCUAUUCGUGCUUCUGAUCACAUAUCUGGCAUCGAUCUUUGCAACACAGCUCUUCCGCAGCCAACUCCCUGAUGACGACAAUGUUGAAAUCAAUUUUGGCAAUAUCUACAACUCGUUUCUUGGAAUGUAUCAGAUAUUGUCUAGUGAGAAUUGGACAGAUAUUCUGUUCAAUGCCACAGCCUACACCAAUCCUUUUAAAACGGCCUGGAUUUCUGCCAUUUUCUUGAUCUUAUGGUUCGUCGUUGCGAACUUCAUCACCCUGAAUAUGUUCAUUGCAGUUAUUCAAGAGAGUUUCGAUGUGUCAGAGGACGAGAAACGAGUCCAGCAAGUCAGAGCAUUUCUAGAACAAAAGCAUGUUAGUGGUUCUUCUCAGGGAAAUUUGUCACUUUCCAAGAUUCUCAUGAUGGGCCGAGACUCGGACCGCUACAAGGAUCCGCUCGACUACGGCCCAGCAGCUCUAGAGAUGCUGCUGAAAGAUGCCGUUGUCCAGGAUUUUCUGGACGAACAGGAAGGGGCCGCAGAGAACCGACGAAGCCGGUAUAUGGAAACAACAGCAGCGGCAGAAACCGCCCAACCAGGCAUGUUUUCGCGCAUGUGGACAGCUGUCUCGUCAUUUUUUAUGCGCAGAGAACCAAACCCAUUCUAUUCCAAACUCAAGUUCUCCCGGGCUUAUGAAGAGCUGGAUCCAAGGGCAAUGGCGCAGGAGGUUGUGUCGGCCGCAGAACAAAGGAAGCGAGCACAGCGAGAGUAUCUCAUGCGGCAUCCGAACUACAAUAAGUCUCUGUUCAUCUUCGCACCGGAUAAUCAUGUCCGCAGGCUAUGUCAGCGCAUAGUGGGGCCGGGACGAGGACACCAACGAGUGGAAGGUGUUGAUCCGUAUAAACCUGUGUGGUAUGCGUUUUCUGCCUUCGUCUACGCGGCCAUUGUUGCCAUGGUUUUACUUGCGUGUAUAACGACUCCCAUCUAUCAACGCCAAUAUUUCCAAAACAACAGAGACUGGUAUACAUAUACUGACAUGGGAUUCGCCAUCCUGUUCACAUGUGAGGCCCUUAUCAAAGUCAUUGCGGAUGGGUUCUUCUGGACGCCGAACGCGUAUUUCCGAGGAUCUUGGGGAUUCAUCGAUGGCGUUGUGCUCGUUACUCUUUGGAUUAACGUGAUCAGCUCCCUAUAUGAGGACUGGGGGAUCUCUAGGGCUAUUGGGGCAUUUAAGGCCCUCAGAGCGCUAAGACUAUUGAAUGUGAGCGACAGUGCCAAAAAUACCUUCCACUCCGUUAUCAUUGUUGGGGGCUGGAAAGUCAUUGCUGCUGCUUCUGUUUCGAUGAGCUUCUUGAUUCCAUUUGCCAUAUAUGGCGUCAACUUGUUCAGUGGGCAGAUGGUGAAGUGUAAUGACGGUGACUUUUCCGGCAACCUGGACUACUGCGUCGGUGAAUACCGCAAUAAGAUUUAUAACUGGGACGUUCUUGCGCCACGAGCCGCUGCUAACCCUUUCUACGACUUUGACAAUUUUGGGAAUUCUCUCUUCAUCUUAUUUCAAAUUGUCAGCCAGGAGGGUUGGACUGAUGUCCAGAAAAGUGCCAUGAGCAUCACCGCAGUCGGCGAGCAGCCCGAGGACAAUGUAGCACCGCAGAACGGGCUUUUCUUCAUCGUAUUCAACCUGCUAGGAGCUGUCUUCGUCCUGACUUUGUUUGUGUCUGUGUUUAUGCGAAACUACACCGAACAGACUGGGGUUGCCUUCCUUACCGCCGAGCAACGAUCUUGGUUGGAAUUGAGAAAGCUCCUCAGACAGAUCUCCCCUUCUAAGCGUACAUUCGAAAAUACGAGCCGCAAGUGGAAGAUGUGGUGCUAUCGGAUCGCCGUCAAAAAGCACGGUCUAUGGUCCCGAUUUAUCACUACUAUCCUGAUGCUUCAUCUGCUACUGCUUGUUUUAGAAUUCAACCCCGAGCCCAAGGUCUGGGAUUACAUCAGAGAGACGCUUUUCUUUAUCUUUGACUUUUUUUACCUUGCCAAUGUCGCCAUCCGACUUAUUGGACUGGGGUGGCACCGAUUCAUCCGAAGUUCCUGGGACCUCUUCUCGCUCGUUGCCAUUCCAGGUGCCUUUGUAACAACGAUCCUCAACUUCCUCUUGCGAAAGCAAGCUAUCAUGGUAUUGAACAAGCUCUUUCUUGUUUCGAUCACCCUCAUGCUCAUUCCGCGAAACAACCAACUGGACCAACUGUUCAAGACGGCAGCCGCGAGUUUGACAUCCAUCGGAAAUCUCCUGGCCACCUGGUUUGUCCUGUUCCUGGUCUACGCUAUUGCAAUGAACCAAACGUUUGGUCUCACGAAAUUCGGUGGAGAGGAAAACAACAAUGUCAAUUUCCGGGACGUUCCACGAGCCCUAAUCCUGCUGUUUCGAAUGAGCUGUGGGGAAGGGUGGAAUGAGCUCAUGGAAGACUAUGCGACGAUGGUGCCACCCAUGUGCACGUAUGGUAGCGACUUCCUGAACGAUGACUGUGGGAGUGCAGCCUGGGCUCGGUCGCUCUUCAUUUCCUGGAAUAUUAUUAGCAUGUACAUAUUCGUGGCGUUAUUCGUUUCGUUGAUCUACGAGAGCUUUUCCUACGUCUACCAGAGAAGCAGCGGACUCUAUGCGGUCAGCCGCGAGGACAUCCGUCGCUUCAAGCAGGCCUGGGCGACCUAUGAUCCCGACGGGACUGGAUAUAUUUCCAAGGACCAGUUCCCGCGAUUGCUGGGGGAACUGUCGGGCGUGUUCUCGAUGCGCAUUUACGAUGACGAAUUUACAAUUGGACGGAUACUGGAGCAGUGUAGGGUCGACAAACGAGACUCCUUGAUAGCACACCGACGAGUAGUAGAAGGGCUGGACCUGGACAAGAUGUUCCGGAUUCUGCGGCGCAUUGAUGUCGACAACGUGCGAAUGCGACGCCAACGACUCAAUACCUUCUACGAGGAGGUGCUGGUCUCCGCGGAUCCGGUCCGGGGCAUUUCGUUCCAUUCCUGCCUCAUGAUCCUAGCGCACUACAACGUGAUCAGCGACAGCAAGAGUCUGCGGUUGGAGGAGUUCCUGCGUCGACGUGCACGACUGCAGAGAGUGGACGAAGCCGUGCGCCGCAACACUGUCAUCGGCUUCUUCGACACGCUCUACUGGUCGCGCGAGUUCCAGCGAAAGAUGGAGCGGAAGAAGUCAGCCCGUAUGAGCUUUGUGCCGCAGUUCUCGGUGCCGGAGAUCUUUGUGGACGAUGGAUCGCAUGACGACCAGCCCGGCGAGCGGCGCAGGCAGGAGCCCUUGGAGCGUGGCGGCGAACCGAUCCUAUCGUCCACUUCGUCGACACAUGGAGGAGAUCCAGGCCCAUCGUCGCGGGGCGGCCAUCUGCCGCCCAUCGACACCGGCAGUCCGCUUGGUCAGAUCUCCGCGACGAGUUCGCCCACAGAAUGGUCGAGCAUCAGCCCAUCGCUUUCCCCGCGGCGGGACCGCGCUAAUACGACUUCUUCGUACGGGACGGGACCAGAUCUCCAUGAUGAGAUGCAGGAACUGACGGAGCGCCCGCGACAGAACAGCACGGUGAGUGUACGCGACGUGAUGCAGUCGUUGGACGAAUCCGCCUGGGGCGAGAGUAUCCGGCGGAGCUUUACGCAGCGACGAUCCGAUUGA